GUCCCCACACAGGCUAAGGCAAUUGCAGCAGCUAGAUAAGGACACCAGUGAUAAUCCACGGUCUCUUUUCUCUCCUCGUGGAAUCAGCCAUGAAGGCUAAGGGACAGCUGAAGGAGUACCAUGUGAUUGGUCGGAGGGUGCCCACCGAUAAGGUGCGCAUUCCUGCCCUCUACAAGAUGCGCAUCUUUGCAUCAGACCAUGUGUCCGCCAAGUCCCGCUUUUGGUACUUCAUCAAGAAACUGAAGAAAAUCAAGAAGACCAGAGGGGAAAUCGUCUCCUGUCGGAAGAUCUACGAGACCAAGCCAACAAAGAUAAAGAAUUUCGGCAUCUGGCUUCGAUAUGACUCUAGGAGUGGAUCCCACAACAUGUACAGAGAGUACCGUGAUCUGACCACUGCUGGGGCUGUCACACAAUGCUACCGUGACAUGGGUGCUCGUCACAGAGCAAGGGCCUCCUGUAUCCAGAUCAUGAAGGUGGAGACAGUAUCUGCCAAGAAAUGCAGACGUCCUAACAUCAAGCAGUUCCAUAACUCCAAGAUCAAGUUCCCACUGCCUCAUCGUACACAGCGUACAUACAGGCCCAUCUUUACCACAAGAAGGCCCAACACCUGCUUCAACUAAGCAUUCUCAACCACAAUGGAGUGCUACUCAUAAACUCAUCACCUUCUUACAAUGUAUCGGUUGGGAUUAAAAGGAGUUGUUAACAAAAUAAAUCUUAAUAUGUGAUAUUCUUCACCACUGGCAGUAGAUAAUUUAUCUCGGCUUGGAAGUGUUGUAGAUGUCGCACAUUUCAUUAUGGAAUCAGUGAAUAAAUGGCAUGACUUGUAUCAACAAGAACAAAUA